CAUAAGGCAGUAAAUAUAUAAAAACAAACACCACACUAAACGGUAUUUUAAUUUAAAAACAUCACAACAAGUUUUUUCACUAGCCCUUUUAAAUUGAAUUUUCGUCUUACUCCGACAAAAAGUCUUUAAAUACCAUAACAAUUAAAGUUGGCCCAUUAACAACAAGCCCUAAGAAACAGACAUCCCCCUAAGGAUAUGUCAACACCAAUAGAAAUCAAUAUUCUCCAUCUAUUUAUGUACGAAUUCCUGUGCAACACAAUUGACAAGAACAAUAAUUAAUUGAUUUCGCUUGCCAGCAACAUAAAAUUAAUGUCAGUUUCGUUAACAUUUACAAGAAGAGCUUUUCUAUUUUUUGGUGGACAGAGGAUGCCAUUUUGUGAGUUUCAGCCAUUUGUCAAAUUUCGCAUUCACCAUUUUCUCUUACUACCCCUAAAGAAAUGCCCAUAAAUUAUGAGGCCAAAACCACAGAUCAAUUUAUUUUGUGGCUCGAGACAGGUUCACCAUUCCCCAACAUCCUGUGAAAAUGUCAGCGAAAAGGAAAAACAAUUAAAACCCACUCGCAGACACUUUUUAUGAGCACCGGCGACGUCUAGCCGCCCGUCAUGCUCUCAAAUAUAUAUAGCUUUUGAGUUGGCUUUGGCCUUAUCUACCUUUGGCCCGGGUGCUGAUUUCACUGACGUUUCUGAUUUGGCUAAGCGAAAUUCCAGCCUGUCUACAUAAUUUCUCUGCGGUUUGAUAAAUGUCUCGCAAAUCGCUGGCGACACUUGGCGGCCUUCCAGCGUUUAUCCUUAAAAAAAUAGGCUGCAACAAUUUCAAGACAGUUUUUUCUGCGUAUAUAUUAAUAACUGUCAUUUGGGUGGGCCACUGUCAUUGUCUCAUCCUCCCCAUACACACACACAGUUUCUUUGAUAUUUUUUUCACUUUACUUAGGAAAUUCAUAUGUCUCUUAAGGUUUCCCCCAUUUUUUUUUGCCCAGCACUCUUUUCCAUAAUUCAACGGGGCGUGGAUCCUGGAUCCUUUUGCCUAGCUUUAGGUGUGGUUGCAACUUUUGGCGCGUGUAUAUGAAAAUUAUGUUAAUUUAUACUCCGCUUGGCUGCGGAUCCUGCUGUUUCCCUCGUUCUCUAUCUGGUUUGUAGGCGGAUUCCCCGUGGGGCGCCAGCUUGGGUUAACAUAAUGUUCUAAGGGGUGUUCAUAGGGUAUGCUCGUAUUUGGGUUGGAUUUAACGAAGUAAAUAUAUUGAUUCUUCAAGACUAUUACAUUAAAAUCAAAAAGCAUACAUUUAAAUAUAUGAAAUAAAAAUUUCUUAAUUCAGAACAAAUUGCCUAAUUUAAGAAAUAAUGGGCUUAACAUUACAAUGAGCAUACAAUAAAUAUUAAAGAAAAAAUUAUUUCUUAAAUUGAAACCUAAAAAAUAUUAAAGAAUUUUGUUUGACACUCAGUGGAUCGUCUUAAAAUUUACUACUUCUAAGAUACUUAAAUAGAUUUUUAGAAUUUAAAUAGUUGUUCUGUAUUUCUCUUUAAUAAAAAUAAAAUUUAUUUGGAAACUGCUAUUAUCAUAAAAUUAAAAACUUAUAAGCUUAUAAAAUUUUUUAGAAUUGUUUGUGCAGGGUAAUAUGUACUUUUCGACUCCUCCUUAAGCUUGUUCUACCACGUCUGUUGCUUGCGUGUGCGAUUUUUAUGCAUUAAAUUAGGCAACCUUCGUCUGGUUUGGAAUAUGUUAUUUCUGUCUUCUCCAGUUUGGCAGACGCUGUCAUCGUCACAAUUUGUAUAAGCUGCUUAAAGGGUUAAGGCCAGAAAGUGAGUUGCACAGGCAGACGGCCGCAUAUUAAUUUGCCCAGUAACAUGUUGCACAACGAUGGGGGAAUUAUAUAAAUUGCUUGCUGCAAUUUUGUAUUUGUAUUGUUGAAUUUAUGAGAAAUAUGGACCGCAAUAUUUAUCACAUGUCCAGUGUGCCAACUUAAACGCUCUCUCUUUCUCUUUGCUCAAUCGCACAUAUAGAACAUAUACUAUAUUACAUACCAUUGCGUAAUAAUCCACAACUUAGCAUAAAUUUCAACUGGAGAAGUGGAUAAAGUUUUGCGGUGCGUUUUGCACUUCUGGUCGGGGCAUUAAUUAUGAUAAUAUUUCUUGGACUUUAAUAAGCAUUUGGCAUUUAAGGGACCCCUCAGAUAUGCAAACAGCUUGCCCUGGCUUGCCACUUGCCACUUGCCACUCGUCCUCUGCCCUCAGUCGACGUGGACGCCACUUGACUGCAUUGUCGGGUAAUUACAAUAAGACGCUCAUAAGCUCAUCGAAAAGUGGAGUGCCAAAUGCAAGAUGCAAAUGGCAGAGGAGCGGCCAACCUCAUUGUCUCGUUCGCAUUAAUUAACUGACAGAUGGGAAUGAAUGUCUGCUGGGGAAGUUGUCUUAUUUUGUUGUCCUCUGUGGCCGGACUCAAAUAAAUCUCUGCCGUUUAAAUACCCGAACGUCUAUGAUGAUUGUGAAAACAAAUGGUGAAUGUUUGCGUUGUAAAGCGAAACUCAAAUUGGAGCAUAAAUAAUGCAAGUGCUGUGCUGAUGACUUGAAAGUGAAAAUUUAGCAGCUCUAAUAUAAAUAAUUAAAUUCGAAAUUCGAGUAACUAGCUUAUUGAUUGAAUUGCAAAGCGGCAGGAAAUCUAAAUAUAUAUUAGAUGCAAUUUCCUCAGCAACACCAUUGUCUAAAUUAUUCAAAUUUGAGUUAAUAACUUGACUUCUGACUCAUAAGCCAAAAUAUGAUACAUAUAUUUACCUCUGUUAGUUUAACAUAUUAAAUACCGCCCAAAAGACUAGGAAUCCUUGAUUUGCUUAUCACUUUUAUUAUUGCUUAAAUACAUUUCUACAAAUGUGGCUGAGUAACAUACUUUUGUUGCUGCAAUUUCCGAUGUUUGCACUUGGAAACAUAACUACUAGUGACCAGUAUCCGGAACCUACAUAUAGCCAUCUAAGUUCCCACCUAGUAUCCUUGCGCACUCGUACAUUUAUUCAUACUCCUGGAGAUAAUCAUUUUUGUACUGGAGUGUUGAUAAGUAAUCGCCAUGUUCUCACUUCAGCACAUUGCAUCACAGAUAAAAAGGGUAUGAUGAUGAACACAAAACGAAUUGUGGUGGCCCUUUGCGCGGUUCUUUUCAAAACUUCUGAGAUUGAGGAAUUUCUAGUUGAAGUUCAUAAUAUGGUUAUCUAUCCAUAUUAUCAUAGAAACAAACGCGAUGAUAUGGGUGUAAUAAAGCUAAGAAAAACUAUUAAAUUCGAUGGCCUUCAUUUGGCCCAAGUGAUUAUAGGUAAUUCCCAACUGGAAGUGGGAAGAGAUUGCAAGACCGUUGGUGGAAACUUUGGCGUUAGAAGGCAAAGAUUUGGAUCAUUUUACAGCAUGUUGUUCGUGGAUGUUGAACUGCGACCAUUUUCCGAGUGUCAGGAUGUCAAUAAAGUUCUGAGAGAGGCUCAAGCCGAAAACGAAGAUCUUAUAUGUGUAAGACCCCUGCAAAGCCAUGUUUGUACCACAGAUUUCGGAGGCCCACUAUUUUGUGAUGGUCAGCUCUAUGGGAUCGCUUUGGGCUUUGUUAAUUGCUCUAGUCCGAAUCCGGUUUUCUUCAGUUACGUGCCUUUUUAUACCAGCUGGAUGAACAAGAUGAUAUCCCAGGGAGUGGAGCUGCAGCCACAUCAUAAAUGGAUAUUUUCCUUGGCCUUCCUCAACUUUAUUUUGGGCAACUUUCACCUACAGCAGCAAGUGGAUAUCUGAAUCUCUCUGAAAAGGAAAAGCUCGCGCCUGCGAUUAAUAGAAAAUUGAGGAAAAGCCCUAGGAAACUUUCGCCUGCAAACGUGUCACGUUCACUUUUUCUCCCAAAAAAAAACCGCAUUGACUUUCCUUUUAACUUUAACAACAAUAUUUUCGGUUAUUGCCUAGCACUUUUGCACUUUUUCAUUAAUCAAGGCGAAAAAGCAACUGCCGAAAAAAGCUUAAUAAAUUUGUACAUAAAAAAUGAUAAAUAAUCCCAAUAAUAAAUAGAAAAUUGGUCAAGAAAAAAGUAAAAGGCCGCGACACGGCAAUUUGAUGUAACAACCAAUCAUUAUUAAUAGCCACGAAAUGCUGGAUAAAAACCAACCCGUAAAGGUAAAAAGAAAUUGCACACUCGCGUGUGUGUUUGGCCGAAAAGAAAAGCCAGAAGUUAACAAUAACAAGUUUGGCGCUGAACUUUUCUUAUUCAACUCCCAUUGACUUUGAGUUCAAGACUCGCUGUCAGUUUUGCGAUGGAAAGACAGCCAUAAAUCAGUAAUAAUUAUCUUUUUUGGUUGCCCCGCAAUUGAAUGCAGGUAGCUGGCAUUACAAACGCUGAUAAAUCGAUGCUGAUAAAUUGAAAAUUACCAGCCAAGCGAUAUAUAAUGGUCGGGAUGAUAAGCUCACAGAUUGCAUACAAUAAAUGUACAUGUACUCGUGCAUGCAGCAUUUGAUUUUCCUUUUACAGUGCUGAAAUUGCAUACCAAUUUGUGGUAGACAGCAGCCCAGACAUAUAUGCUGGCCUUGCUUUUAUUUCUUUCUCUUUUAAAAUCAACAAGAUGCUGAUUGGGACAGUGGGAUCAAAUGAGAAAGUCCUUUAAGAAAGUAUAAAUAAGACAUUGAAGUCCAAGGAAAUAAAUAUUAACCACCAUAAUAUUCGAAUUAAUUGGCAAAUAAUUGAACCAUAAUAAUAUUAAGAAAUAUCAAUAAAAAAACUGAACUAAAAAAAGUCUUGUAUAUUUGUAAAUAUUUUCCUUGCGUUCCUCAAACAUUUCCAACCUUGCCUAUUUUGCCAAAAGUAACAAAUAGGUAAUUUUAAAAAUAAAAUAAAUAAAAUUAACAUGUUUAAAUAUUUCAUUGUUUUUAUAACACUUCAUUCAAUAUUCCACUGUACUCUGUGCAACUUAACACAACACCCAACCGAAAGUUUUGUUGAAAAAUCAAAGUACCCGAACACAAAAUUCAAGUAAAAAUCACGUUCCAACCAAAAGACGCUAACGUGGCCAAAAAAUAGGAAACAAUAGCCACAACACGCUGCCUGAGACGUUGCAUCGAUAUGGACUCCCCGACCAUAGUUGAUUUUUAUUGGGAGGAGUGAGGGCAUUAAAUUAAAUCUAUUUGUACAAUUUAUAAAGGGGAAAAGUGAAGUGAAAUGAUUUCUAUGGCUUCACACACACUAGAGGCAAAAAAGAGCACUUAGAGUGCGGGCAGCGUUUCCGCUGAGGCAAGACCACUGAACUGGACAAACGUUCCUCCGAAAACUGCAGACAUGGCAUCAAAUAAAACAUGGGGAACAACGGCGGAGGAGAAUCCAGUGGGGAUCUGUAAAUCCAACCCAGAGGACGGCAAUGGUCCACCGAAAAUUUCGCCGGCGAAAAAAGCUAAAUAAAUAAAUAUCUCCAGUAUGGGGGGAAUGGAUAAAAAAUAGAUUUGUGCUGUGAAUAAACACAUGGAUAUGGAGCGUAUGUCCACGCCAGAGGAGAAUGCGUGAGCAAGUCACUCGUGAAUAAAAUUAAUGUUGUACAUAUUUAAAACUAAGCUAAUUCAUGAUUUCAAUUCUUAUAUAUAAAAAGCUUAGAAUAAGUUGAUUUUCAUUUUUUUAGCCUUGACAAUUUUACUUCUUGGUCUCACAUCUAAUAAAAUUUGUUCCAAAUCUUAGUCCGAUCAUUUAAAUAUUUAACUUAAUGUUUGUUUUUGACAUAUUUGCAUUGCAACACCCAAAUUUCAUAUCACGCGCUCAUCUCUUUUCAAUGCAACGUCUCGAAUGCCGGCGUUUGUUUUCAUAGCUGUGAAUGUGACAUUGUCCAACUUCAACUUCCUCGUUUUCCUCUUUUUUUUUUUGGUAUUGCACUUUUUCGGAACCCGAGCCACAGUUUGUUGCAAUCCCCGUUUUUAUUUGUGGGGGAAAGUGUGAAACGAUUUUUGCUGACUCUGGACUCCGAACCUCCGAACUCUGGACUCUGGAAUCCAAGCUGCAGAAAAACUUCUCGACGAGAUUUCAAGCGACCCUUUGCCGACAUCUAAGUGGUUUUAUAGGGUCCACAAAUUCCAGUAUGAAUACAGAAAUGAAACAAAAAGAGUGGGCGUCACAUAAAAAUAUCACAGGCAGCAAAUACAAGGAGUCUGCAAAAAAAAAAAUCACUCACAACUCAAUUGUUAAAAGUUAAGCGACAUCUCAUGGGGCGGUUGAAAAGUUUCGCAUUACACGGCCAGCUGGCUGACCCGAUUUUUAAAGUCGAAUGCAAAUGCUGUUGUUUUCUUUUUUUCCGCACGUUUCCGGCUGACCAAACAAAACUUCACUCAGCCAGUCAGUCAUCCAAAAGCCAAAAAGCGCAACGGCAUCGAGCGGAGAAAUCAAUUCACUUUUGGCCAGCUGCAUUUCGAGGUUCUUUCACAGCUGCCCCCCGUUUUUGUACCUCUUAUCCCAAUGAGUUUUGAGAUUGCCGUUGUUUAUCUUGCCCCGCCUCUCAUGUUAAUGGUGCAAUUUGCAAUUUUGCGGCUUUCAUUUACAGAAAUUAGACGGCAAUUUAGGAAAACGUUAGCCGUCAUUAAACGAAAAAAAUAAAUACGAUUGAAGUAGUCGGCUACCAACACAGCUAUCAAGUCCUGGAAAGUUUCAUGAUUGAUUUGAAAUAAGAGAACCUCUCACUUUGAUGUGUACAUAAAUUCUACAAAAUACGUGCUUAUGUUUAUAUUAAGAUGAGAAUGAACAGAAUUUAAUCAACUGUUGAACAUUAGACUUUAAUCUUUAAAGGAAUCUUAAACGUAAUUUAAUCCCUUAAACAAAACCCAAGCAAACAAAUUUAAGUAAAAUUGUUUGUCAAAAUCCGAGUAAUACGGAGUCAAAAUAUCAUUAGAAUUAGCCUUCUCCAACUGUUUGCCCCACCCAACUGACAUAGCCAAAGUCAGGCAAACAAACAAGAAAAUAAGGAGAAAGCUCCACUUGUGCUCAAACGUUUAAUGGCGAACUUAGAAAAUUACUCAAAUGUCUUAAUUGGCAAAUAGUAAAUGCUAAAAAAGAAUGGCAAGCAACUGCAAUUGGGAGAACUUUUCGCAAAACUUUUUCAACAGCGGCAAUGGGAGUGGGAAAACAUUUCCACACAAAAGCGAAAAGAAACAAAAAAAAAAAAAACAAGCGAAUAACUUAAUUGAAACUUAAUGAGAAAAUGCAGCCGCAUUGUUUGCACUGGCAAAUGAAAAACAAGCUGAGAUCUCCGGGUAUGCGAUGCGUAUCUUAAAGAUGCAAACGUGCAGGUGUCUGUCUGCUAAAUGCGACAGUCAUUUGCCUGAUUGCCGAGACAUUAGGACAGCGUGUCGAGUGUUGCAUGGAACGUGCCGUUUUAUUUUUUUUUUUUUUUUUUGCUGAUUUUCUGGCGAAACACAAAGACCCGGGUUAUGCGAUACCAGAUACUGGAUACUUAAUACUAGAUACUUAAGUGAAUUGCACAAGAGCCCCAACAUAAUCGCCUC